AUUGACAUUUCGCGUGUUCCUACAACCUUUCUGCGAAGACUUGAGGUGCGCAGCAAAACAGCGCGUGCAACUUAGAACUCAACACCUGCAUCACACGGUCUUCCAGCAUCGUUCGAUUGUUCCUCGUUCAGAACCCAACACAGAAUCGCACAACGCCGAGUAACUUAGAGAGAGAGAGAGAGUUUUGUAAAGGGGAGGUUCCGGACUCCGGAGAGGGAAAACUUAGACCUUUUUGGUCUCUAUGGCUUUGAGGCGCCUCAUCACUCAGGUUUCAAGUCAUCGAUCAGAGUUGGGAAAUUUUAGAAGAUUCUUUGUUGGAACUUAUUUCCCUGUCAAUAAGUUUGGACGUGGUGGAGGUAAUAGGUUUUCAAGUGCUCAAGAGCGGUUUCAGUCUAGUUAUGUUGGCAGUUUGGCUCGCAGAGUACGUGAUGUAGAUGAAGCAAGUGAAGUUGCACACCUUAAAGAACUUUACCAUCGAAAUGAUCCUGAAGCAGUAAUAAGGCUAUUUGAAAGUCAACCAUCUUUACAUUCUAACUCUUCAGCACUCUCUGAAUAUGUCAAAGCAUUAGUCAAGGUUGACCGGCUAGAUGAAAGUGAGUUACUCAAGACACUGCAGAGAGGUAUUGCAAACACAGCAAGGGAGGAAGAAAGUGUCGGUGGUUUUUCAGCCUUUAGGAAUGUGGGAAAAGCUACAAAAGAUGGUAUUCUUGGAACUGCAGGUACUCCUAUUCAUAUGGUAGCUACUGAAGGAGGGCAUUUCAAAGAGCAGUUGUGGCGCACAAUUCGCACUAUUGCACUUGCCUUUCUCUUGAUGUCUGGUGUAGGAGCGCUCAUUGAGGAUAGAGGAAUAAGUAAAGGGCUUGGUCUACAUGAAGAAGUACAACCUAGCAUGGAAUCUAACACAAAAUUCAACGAUGUAAAAGGUGUAGAUGAGGCAAAGGCAGAGCUUGAAGAAAUUGUUCACUAUCUCCGAGACCCUAAGCGCUUCACUCGUCUAGGUGGAAAGCUCCCCAAAGGUGUUUUGCUUGUUGGCCCACCAGGCACUGGCAAAACAAUGUUAGCUAGAGCUAUUGCUGGAGAAGCUGGGGUACCUUUCUUUUCAUGCAGUGGCAGUGAGUUUGAAGAGAUGUUUGUUGGUGUUGGAGCUCGGAGGGUGAGGGAUCUUUUUUCAGCUGCAAAGAAGCGUUCACCAUGUAUAAUAUUCAUCGAUGAGAUAGAUGCCAUAGGAGGAAGUCGUAAUCCAAAGGACCAGCAGUACAUGAAAAUGACUCUGAAUCAGUUGCUUGUUGAACUGGAUGGCUUCAAACAAAAUGAAGGAAUAAUUGUGAUUGCUGCUACUAAUUUUCCAGAGUCAUUAGACAAGGCAUUGGUGAGACCUGGACGGUUUGAUCGUCACAUUGUUGUUCCUAAUCCAGAUGUUGAAGGGCGAAGGCAGAUUAUGGAAUCCCACAUGUCAAAGGUUCUGAAGGCAGACGAUGUUGAUUUGAUGAUUAUUGCUAGAGGAACUCCCGGGUUCUCAGGUGCAGAUCUAGCAAACUUAGUCAACAUUGCUGCUCUAAAGGCUGCAAUGGAUGGUGCUAAAGCAGUGAGCAUGGAAGAUCUAGAGUAUGCAAAGGACAAGAUUAUGAUGGGAAGUGAACGAAAGUCCGCUGUCAUAUCUGAUGAAUCACGAAAGCUGACGGCUUUCCAUGAGGGUGGUCAUGCCCUUGUGGCUAUCCAUACUGAUGGGGCUCUUCCAGUUCACAAGGCAACAAUAGUUCCCCGUGGGAUGUCACUUGGCAUGGUUGCCCAAUUGCCUGACAAGGACGAAACUAGUAUCUCUCGCAAGCAGAUGCUUGCCCGGCUUGAUGUUUGCAUGGGAGGGCGAGUUGCAGAAGAGCUCAUCUUUGGAGAAAAUGAAGUUACUUCUGGUGCAUCUUCUGACCUCCAGCAAGCAACUUCUCUUGCAAGAGCGAUGGUUACAAAGUAUGGUAUGAGCAAAGAAGUUGGGGUAGUCGCUCACAAUUAUGACGACAAUGGAAAGAGUAUGAGCACGGAAACUAGGCUCCUUAUUGAGCAAGAAGUGAAGAACUUCUUGGAAAGGGCUUACAACAAUGCGAGAACCAUUCUUACCACCCAUAGCAAGGAGCUUCAUGCGCUUGCUAAUGCUUUGCUCGAGCAGGAGACACUUACAGGAAAUCAGAUUAAGGCUUUGCUUGCCCAAGUCAACUCUCACCAGCAGCAACAACAGCAGCAGCCGCAAAUGGUUACAACACAGAGUAGCUCACAGUCCAACCCAGUACCUCCCUCAACACCUAAUCCAGCGGCAUCGGCUGCUGCAGCAGCGGCUGCAGCGGCUGCUGCUGCAACUGCCGCAGCCAAGACUAAAGGCAUUGCUCCUGUGGGUUCAUAGCAUGACAGAGGUUGGUGUGACCCCUUGCCCAAGUGCCUAAUUAUGAGAUUCAAUGUGCACAUAGCAAUUUACGUACCAGCCUUCCGUGUUUGAGUACUGUAGUCUGUUUGCCGCACUGUGAGGUUUUAUUCAUGUAUCACUGGGAGUCAAACUGACUGAAUACUGUGGAAGGAAUCAAUUCCAUUGAUUAAGAUGGCACCGAGUCUAGUAGUAAUGAUCAAGCAGCGGAUUGGAAGAUAAUUGUCUUUUAAUUUUUCUUGUUUUUAUUUUUUAAGUCAUUACUUAUGCAGUUGAGAAUAA